AAACCAGAUGCUGUCACGCGAUGUGCCACUGUGCGCCACCAAUAAUUGUGUGGGUGCAUAAGAGGUGUAUGAUUGAUGCUAUUCGCCCUCUCGGCCGACAAAGGUCCUCAUAUAUUCGCCAUGAUUGGAUUGAUUAGGGAGUCACUCGACUGGAAAAAGGUACGAAAGCGGUGAAAAUUCUUCGGUCCCCCUGCAGCGGAUAGGAGGCGAUGAUUGCCAUCCCAGCCGUGUCCCUUUGCAGAGUCGGUCGACGCUAGCCUCGUAUUAUGGUGUGUUUAAGGCGUACCCUCCUGGUCGGGACCCACGAGCUAGUCGCAAGGCUAGCUCAACCCGCGGCCGUGAGACCAACAUCCCGUUGCGUCUCCCGCCACCCAGCGUGAACAGUGGAACACAGCGCAGUUGCCAGUGCGUGAACCGACCGAUAACGGACCAGGACCAGACCAGCGGUGACUGUGACCGUGACCAUGUCCCUCCUCCACUAUUUUCUCUACAAAAUUCUAGCGGCGCUCGUCCGAACGACGGUUUCCUUACGUCGCGGGUUCCGACCGCUCCGCACCACCCCCGAUGUCACCAUCCGGAUCCCCUCGCGCGAACUCCCCCGCACCAUUAAAGCGCACAUCUACCGGUCGACCUCGACCGGGCCGUCGCCCGUCCUGGUCAACUUCCACGGGAGUGGGUUCGUCCUCCCCAUGCACGGCACCGAUGAGGAGUUCUGCCGCCUGAUCAGCCGCCAGACGGCCUACACCGUCGUCGACGUGCAGUACCGACUCGCGCCGGAGCACCCGUUCCCGGCGGCCUACCACGACGCCGAAGACGCAGUGCGCUGGGUCUUCCAGCAGCGCCAGCAGUUUGACCGCUCCCGUGUCGCCGUGUCGGGGUUCAGCGCGGGCGGGAACCUCGCGCUGGGCAUGUCCUCGCUGCCCCCUGUUGCGUGGGCGGGAGAUGAGGAUGAAAAAGAGAAAGCACCUCCGAUCCACGCCACCGUGGCCUUCUACCCCGUGGUCGACCUCGCGACCAGCCCCGCGGCCAAAUUCGCGCCCGACCCGAACGGACGGCCUCUGCCGAAAUGGCUGAUGCGGUUCUUCGACCGAUGCUAUAUCCGAGGCCCGUUCGACACCCGGGACCCGCGCAUCUCGCCGUUCUACGCAGACGCGCAGGGUUUCCCGCGACGGGUGCUGAUCGUGACGGCGGCGGGAGAUAGUCUGGCGGAGGAGGCCGAGGCGCUGGGGAGGAAGAUUAGGGAGAGGGUUGAAGUUGGAGAGGGGGAGAAUCGCGUAGUAGUGCAGAGGAUGCAGGGGUGUAAUCAUGGGUGGGAUAAAGAAGCGGGCCCGGGAAGUGUGGGGGAGGAUGCGAAGGACAAGGCGUAUGCCAUGGCCGUGGCGUUGUUGACUUAGUUGACCUAGUUUGAGAUUGAUCGUGAUGAUCUGUAUAUACUACACUGUCCCCAUAUACUACGUAUAUCUAUGACCUACAUAUUCCAAAUCUAUUACUAUAUCGAAUACCCACGUUUGAGAAUAGGAGGUGAAACAAAACAAAAUCCAUGAGCAUCAUCAUCCGAUCAUUCUCCGGUGGGCUAAUCAGCGGCCACAACGGUCCCCUGAAGCUCCACUGAUUCACACCACAUGGGUGUGGACUGGGGACUAUCCUCAUCUCCUGGUGUCAAUCCAUAAUGACACAUGUUCUGUUCUUCCACUGGAGCAUCCAGGAUGAAACGACGAACGAUGAAACGACGAACGAU